AUGGCAACCCUCAACAGCACUCAUUGGAAUGAGACUACAUCUAUUUCCCAAUAUUUGGGCUUCCAAGUGCAAAAAAUAUACCCUUUCCAUGACAACUGGAACACUGCCUGCUUUGUUAUCCUGAUCAUAUUCAUCUUCACUGUAGUUUCUCUGGUGGURCUGGCUUUCCUGUAUGAACUGUUGGACUGUUGCUGCUGUGUGAAAAACAAAACUGUGAAAGACUUGGAGAACGAGCCCAAUCCUGUCAGAGCAAUGAUGAACAGCUUCAGGAAGCGUGAAACAGAGGUGGUGUAGAAAGGACUGAGCAUCUGCACUUGGACAACUUGGUCUGACACCUCGAAUGAAGCCUCUUGUACCUUACAACUAAGCAAGUCAYGUGCUUUUUUCUUUUGGACUUAAAUAUCAACAGUUGCAAUGUUAUCU